CAUUGAGCAAGUAUAGCAUCCGAAAUGGUUGCUUCUCUCUUUUUCUUGUAUGGUUUGUCGUUUGUCUUGUACCCAACCCAUCUUUGUUUCUCUCUCUCUCUCUCUCUCUCUCAAGCUUUUCCCUGCACACCACAGCAGAAGAGAAAGAAAGAAAAGAAGACCCAUCCCACCCAACCACCCUCUUUUUCCCUUCAACCACCGCCUUCACUCCCCUCGUUAACCUAACCUAACCCUAAUUCUUCGUCUUCACCGUCCAUAACCCCAAACCCUAGCCCCUCUUUCAUGAUUUUUUAGGGUUAUGGAAGGCAACAACAACAACAACAACAACAACGCUGACGUGUUCAGACCUUCUGUGGGGCCCUCCUCCUCGCCGAACUCGAGGAGAUACUCGGGGAUUUUAUCGGCGUCGAACCUCAUUCAGGCACCGCUAUCGGCGCUGCUGGAAUAUUCCGGCAUCCUUCCGUCACGGUCGUCCAACCAACACAGCCAGCCCAGCUCCGACGCCGUCAACAAUGACGGCGAGGUUUCGAUUAGGAUCAUCGGCCCGGCGGAACAGGAGCAGAGGGAGGAACAACAGCUGCAGCAGACCCCUCCUCCCGGAUUGGUCGUCGGACUCUCGCAUUCCCAUAACGACACCGUUUUGGCAUCGGGGUCGCCGCGCGGCGACGCCGAGGGCGCGGCGGGGACCGAGGGCGCCGCCGCUGGAGGGGACGGUGCAGGGAGGGAUUCAUCUUACCAGAGAUAUGACAUUCAGCAUGCCGCCAGGUGGAUUGAGCAGGUUUUGCCGUUUUCGUUGCUUCUGUUGGUGGUUUUCAUUAGGCAGCAUUUGCAAGGGUUUUUUGUGACCAUUUGGAUUGCUGCUGUGCUUUUCAAGUCCAAUGAUAUUCUAAGGAAACAAACUGCGUUGAAGGGGGAGAGGAAGAUGCUGGUUUUGGUUGGGAUUUCUGUUGGGUUCGCGCUUCAUGUGGUUGGUGUCUACUGGUGGUAUCAGAAUGAUGAUCUAAUGUAUCCAUUGAUCAUGCUUCCUCCCAAGGAUAUACCGCCUUUCUGGCACGCGAUUUUCAUCAUCAUGGUCAAUGAUACUUUGGUUCGCCAGGCUGCAAUGGUAUUCAAGUGUAUAUUGUUGAUGUAUUACAAGAAUAGCAGAGGCCGAAAUUAUCGUAAGCAGGGUCAAAUGCUGACUUUAGUUGAAUACCUCCUCCUGCUUUACCGUGCCUUGUUGCCAACACCAGUUUGGUAUCGUUUCUUCCUGAACAAAGAAUAUGGAAGCCUCUUUUCAUCACUGAUGACAGGAUUGUAUCUAACAUUUAAACUCACGUCUGUUGUUGAAAAGGUGCAAUCCUUCUUUGCUGCAGUGAAAGCAUUGUCGCGUAAAGAAAUGCACUAUGGGGCUUAUGCAACAUCAGAGCAGGUCAAUGCAGCUGGUGAUCUUUGUGCUAUUUGCCAGGAGAAGAUGCAUGCUCCCAUCUUACUACGUUGUAAACAUAUUUUCUGUGAAGAUUGCGUAUCAGAGUGGUUUGAGAGAGAAAGGACCUGCCCAUUGUGCAGGGCUUUGGUAAAACCCGCAGACCUUAGGUCAUUUGGGGAUGGCUCUACUAGCUUGUUUUUCCAGUUAUUCUGAAAUCAUAUAUAAAUACCAACCAGGAAGUUUUUUUCUGCUUUGAAGCUUUACUUUUUCAAAGCAGCAGUCACGAUCUAUAUACAUCAACACAUGUAAAAUGCUCUGGAGGCAAUUGUGGGGAUACUCUUUGAAGAUGAAUGCAGCUGUAUACUGGUCAUGCGUUCAUAUAAUGUACUAGCAAAAAAGGUUGAGUGUAUCUAAAUGACCCUGUAAACUAGGAAGUCGAUUGAAAAUAUAAUAUUAAACAUGACUCUUCAUUUGCAAGGAAUGAAGGUCUUUCUCCGAAUUGCAUCACGAUUCUGUCAUAUAGUGCCAAAUCAAACUGUUAAUUUUAAAUAUAUUUUUUAUUUUUGAAUCUCUCUUUAUGUGGGCUUUGAUGCACACCUCAAGGAGUGUUGCCCACGGGCAGAUUAUGGUUAAAGAUCUCGCACUUCAUGUAUUAAAUCUGUGGAUACUAGUUUAUUUUUGUAGCAGUUAAUAGUUAAUUUGACCAUGAUUAUGUGCU